AUGGCAUUUCCAGCCUGUGAAGUUGGAGCGGAAUGGUGCGUUGUAGCUGACUCACUGGCUGGGGUUUCUUUUAUAGAGUUCUGCUUGACAGUAUUUUAUAAUCAGACAUACCAAGUGUUUCAAAAUUAUAAGUUCAUAAAGAAUUAUCGAGAUAAAACACUUAUCAUUCUUUACAUCCAAGUCCUUCAGACGCUAUGCAUGUGCGUUCACUAUUUAGUUAUAAUCAGCACCCUAAACGUGUUGUACAUGAUCAUGAUUUAUUUUCAAUUCAUUGAAGAUACUUUGGUGUUUUAUUACUUCUCCUGGGAAGCUGCAAAAGUAGAAAAUAGAGGGAUUUUAUAUAAAAGAGCCGGAGUUAUACUGCUGGCCGUGAAUUUAUUAUAUUUAACAGGAUUUGUUAUAUUUUUUGGUGUGGAUAGUAUGCGAAAUGAUGAUGUUUUUUUAUGUACAGACAACGUUUGAAUUUAUUUGAGACUUAGUGGCCUUUUAUUGACAACUAUGUUUUUAAUUUUAGGAAUUAAGAUGACACAGAAGCUGAAAAUGCUAAAAAACAGUGAUAACCUGUUUUUCGACACUGGGAGAGAAAAAGAACUAUGGUAAUAUUCUCAUCAGGGGUUUGAUUUUAAUCAUGCUUGUGGCAAAUACUGCGGCUAUGUUCCAAAAUCUUAUGCAAAGAUUUUAUACUCAAGACAACUGCAACAAUUUAUUUGAAGGGAACCAAGGUGCUAAUAUCUUUUUAUUUAUCCUACUCAGGUUUUUGUCUCAAGAUAUGUUUAUGAUUACUUGCCUUUACGUGUUUUGGGCUUCAAGGAGGUUUGGAAGCAAUGAAGUGUCUAUUGUGAUUAAUAUUUAGGUAUCGUUUCCUAUGAGCCAUCAAGCCUUAACUCCAAAAUCCGAUGAACCUCAGGUAAUGAGCCCUCUGGAAUGGGGAAUUGAUUCCAUUUUAUCUGCAAGCUAA